AUGUCUCACCACUGUCACGAUGAACACCACGAUCACUCUGGUCACGGCCAUGACCACGCCGGGCACGAUCAUUCGGACGAUAUCACGCCGGCGCUCCAGUUCUCGCUCUACCAGCACAUCAACUUUGACGAGAUUGUCACGCUCAACGAAGCGCGCUUCGGCAUGGGGCGCGAUAUCACGAAGAAGACUUGGGCCGAAAGGCUCCAAGACGAACCUGAGCUCGCAAGCGAUGCCGAUGAGCAGCUCAUUAUUACCAUUCCUUUCACCGGGCAAACCCUCAAGGUUUUCAUCAACCGCGAAGACCUCGACUUCUCCGCUGCCGAAGAGGACCACCCCACGCAGUCGUUUGAGCUCUCGCAGACCUCGGACGUCCAGGAACUGCCGGUCAAGCGCGCCCUCUUUGGCGGCGACGUCUCCAGGAUUUCGUACCUCGGCUUCAAGGGCGAGUGGAUGCAGCUUGGUAGGGCCCCUACGAACAUUCUCUACGAGGCGGCGGCGAACCCUAGCGAUCAUGAGGUCAAGGGUGUUGGGUACGGAUGGAACACGGCGCCCCCGCGAAGCAAGCACGGGCGCUUCCGACAAGUCACCUCGGGCCUACCCCCGUUGACGACGGGCCCGGCGGCGGCCCUGCAGCGCAAGGAGGCGACGACGCCACCGCGGACGGGUGUGCUCGCUAUCAAGAAGGGCAUGAGCGCCGUGUACCAGGGCAAGCGCCGGAUCCCCUGCACGGUGCUGCAGCUCGACCGCGUGCAAGUCGUCGCGAACCGCACGCGCCAGCAAAACGGCUACUGGGCGGUGCAGAUCGGCAUGGGUGCUCGCAAGCCGGACAACGUGACCAACGCGCAGCUCGGCUACUACGAGGCCAAGGGCAUGGCUCCCAAGACGCACCUUGCUGAGUUCAAGGUCAAGAACGAGGCUGGCCUGCUGCCCGUCGGCGUGCAGCUCUGGCCCGACUGGUUCGCCAAGGGCCAGUACGUUGACGUCCGGGCCGACAGGAGGGGCAUGGGCUUCGCCGGUGUCAUGAAGAGGUGGGGGUUCGCCGGUCAGCCUGCUAGUCACGGUAACUCCAAGAACCACAGGACCCUGGGUUCCGUCGGUGGCUCGCAAGGCUCCGGUUCUAGGAUUCACCCCGGCAAGAAGAUGCCUGGUCGCAUGGGCGGCAACCAGGCUACGGUGCAGAACCUCAAGGUGCUCCAGGUCGACAACGAGCUUGGCAUCGUCGUCGUGCACGGAGGUGUUCCCGGUCCCAAGGGCUGCGUCGUCAAGAUCCAGGACUCGAUCAAGAAGAGAGAUCUCACCGAUGCACGAAUAGCCGCCAUCAACGGCAUGGUCUUGGAAAGGAAUGUGGGCACCGAAGAGAGGUUGGAGCAGGCGAGGCAGCGACAUUUGGAGCUAAAGGAGGACAGGAAGAAGGUUGCCUUUGAGAGGGCCAUUGCGCGUCAAGAUGCCGAGGCCGGUGCUCCGUCGAGCGCUUAG